UUAUCAGAAUUGCAACACUGCUCUUGUAGCUGCUCUCUGUCUCUGGGGAAAUGAGUCUUGUUUUUGCUUUAGCACUUGUAUUGUCUUUAUCUUGACCUCUUAUUUACCGUUUCUUCAGAUAGCAGAAUUUUUAUUAGCUUUACCCUUUUACAGCCUAGCUGGUGUGAGGUGUGUACGACUGAAACUACAACACCAGAUAUUUGGAUUCUAUGACCGCUGGCUUUGUCUGUACCAGCAACCGUGGAGUAUCCUGUGGGUGUCCCUCCUCUCUGGAUGGAGAAGAUAACUCAAAGGAGGGAAUCAACAGGGCCCCGGUCACCUGGGCCAACAACUCCAACAAGAGACACCAGGACAAUACGGGUGAAGAUGGUGCUGUUGGGAAGCUCUGGGGUGGGGAAGUCCAGUCUGGCAAUACGUUUCAGCAAGGAUGAGUUUAAAGGCACUUUACCCACCGUAGGCUGUGCCUACUUCACCCAGGUGGUGUGUCUGAGUGAUGUCACAUUUCACUUUGAGAUCUGGGACACGGCGGGACAGGAGAAAUACCACAGUGUUACCCCGCUGUACUACAGAGGAGCCCAUGCAGCACUGGUGGUGUACGAUAUCAGCAAACGAGAGAGCUUCAUAAGGGCCCAGAUGUGGCUUCGGGAGCUGGAGAAGCACUAUAUUCCGGCUUCCACCGUGAUGGUACUAGUAGGAAACAAGGGGGAUCUUUCAGAGCUGCGCCAGGUGACAUUACAGGAAGGGCAUAGUCUUGCCGUUGAAAGAGGCUUGCUUUUUAUGGAGACCUCGGCCAAGUCAGGGAAUCAAGUCAGUGAACUGAUGCUGGCUAUUGCCCACAGGGUGAAGAGGUGUACGAGUGAGCAUCAAAGCGGUCUGACAGAGUGGCAGGAGACAGAGUUUGUGAACCUGCGCCGCUCUGAGACCCUACAGCACCCUCUUGCAUCCUGUUGCCCCUCCAUUGGACCCUAAUGUGUGUUGUGUGUGUGUGUGUGUGUGUGUGUGUGUGUGUGUGUGUGUGUGUGUGUGUGUGUGUGUGUGUGUGUGUGUGUCUGAUAUUUUUGUGAGGAACUGUAUGUUCAAAGAUUUAAGUUUUAGACAAUGACUUCUCAAUGACCCAAGAUCAGCUCAAUUAAUCCCUACCAUUGUGACAAUGAGUUGUCAAUAUAAUAUAAUAUAGUGUAUAAGAGGUCAUAUAAUAAGGUUUGUUGUGUUCCUUAUGUUGAUGAUGUAAAGAAUGUUUUCUGGUCUGUGGCGUGUAAUGAGGAGUAACCAGACGCUGCCCUUGACACAUUUAUGAAAUGUCUUAUUCCAGUUACUAAUAAGCAUGCACCCAUUAAAAUAAUUACUGAAAAAACAGUUAAACCCCCUUGGAUUGAUUAGGAAUUGAAAAAUUGUAUGGUUGAGACAGAUGAGGGAAAAUAAAUGGCAAAUGGGUCUGGCAGCCCAAUUAAUUGGCAAACGUACUGCAAAUUCAGAAAUCAUGUGACUAAACUAAAAUAAUAAUUUAAAUAAUCUAUACUAUGAAACAAAUAAAAUUAUAUGAAGAAUGAUAGUAAAAAGUUUGAGCACCUUCAAUUAAAUGUUGAUUAAUUGAAUCAGAUGGCCCAUUCAUCACAAAACCCACAUGCCAGGAACAAAUUCUGACACUACAUAUCCAGGUAUAUCUGACCAAAUUAUGAAAGACAAGCAUUGUACUUUUGAAUUCUGUAGAGUGAGUGUGGAAGAGAUGAAAAAAAUAUUGUGCUCUAUCAAUAAUGACAAGCCACCAGGGUCUGACAAUCUGGAUGGAAAAUUACUGAGGAGAAUAGCCGGCGAUAUUGCCACUCCUAUUUGCCAUAUCUUCAAUUUAAGCCUGCUAGAAAGUGUGACGUCAUGCCUGGAGGGAAGCAAAAGUAAUUCCGCUACCGAAGAAUAGUAAAGCCCCCUUUAUUGACUCAAAUAGCCAACCAAUCAGCCUGUUACCAACCCUUAGUAAACUUCUGGGGAAAAAAUUGUGUUUGACCAGAUACAAUGCUAUUUUACAGUAAACAAAUUGACAACAGACAUUCAGCACGCUCAUAGGGAAGGACAUUCAAUCACAGCACUUACAUAAAUGACUGGUGAUUGGCUGAGAUAAAUUGAUUAUAAAAAGAUUGUGGGGGCUGUUUUGUUAGACUUCAGUGCGGCUUUUGACAUAUUCAAUCAUAGUCUGCUGCUGGAAAAACGUAGGUGUUAUGGCUUUACACCCACUGCUAUAUUGUGGAUAAAGAGUUACUUGUCUAACUGAACACAGAGGGUGUUCUUUAAUGGAAGCCACUCUAACAUAAUCCAGGUAGAAUCAGGAAUUCCUCAUGGUAGCUGUUUAGGCCCCUUACUUUUUUCAAUCUUUACUAUCAACAUGCCACUAGCUUUGAGUAAAGCCAGUGUGUCUAUGUAUGCGGAUGACUCAACAUUAUACAUGUCAGCUACUACAUCAACUGAAACAGCUGCAACACUUAAAAAAGAGCUGAAGUUAGUUUCAGAAUGGGUGGCAAGGAAUAAGUUAGUCCUAAAUAUUUCCAAAAUUAAAAGCACUGUAUUUGGGACAAAUCAUCACAAACCCUAAACCUCAACUACAUCUCGUAAUGAAUAAUGUGUAAAUUGAGCAAAUUGAGGUGACUAAACUGCUUAGGAGUAACUCUGGAUUGUAAACUGUCAGGGUUAAAACAUAUUGAUACUACAGUAGCUAAGGAGCAUUCUAUCCAUAAUAAAGCGUUGCUCUACCUUCUUAACAUCACUAUCAACAAGGCAGGUCCUACAGGCCCUAGUUUCAUUGCACCUAGACUACUGUUCAGUAGUGUGGUCAGGUGCCACAAAGAGGGACAUAAGAAAAUUGCAGUUGGCUCAGAACAUGGCAGCAUGGCUGGCCCUGAAAAGUAAUUGGAGAGCUAACAUUAAUGAUAUGAAUGUUCAUCUCUGUAAGAAGUGUUGACAAGCUGAAUGUACCGAGCUGUCUGUUUAAAAUACUAGCACACAGCUCAGACACCCAUGCAUACCCCACAAGACAUGCAUACCCCCCCAGAAACCAGAACAGACUAUGGGAGGCGCACAGUACUACAUAGUGUCAUGACUACAUGGAACUCUACUACACAUCAGGUAACUGAUGCAAGCAGUAGAAUCAGAUUUACAAAACAGGUAAAAAUACACCUUAUGGAACAGUGGGGACUGUGAAGAGACACACACAAAGGUAAAGACAUGCACACGCAUACAUUAUAAUAUUGUUGUAUGGUGGUAUUAUACAUUUUGUAUUGUAGUUAUGUAGUGGUGUAAUAAUGUUAUAUGAUGUACUGUUUAAUAUUUUGUUUUAUAUGUAAUGUAAGUGCUUUAAUGUGUUUGGACCCCAGGAAGAGGCAGCAGCUAAUGGGGAUGCCUAAUAAAUACAAAUACACCAAGUCA